UAGUUCCAGAAGCAUACUGUCGGCAAGGUGGAAGCCUUGUAUUCGCACUGACUGUGAGGUGUAAUCGAGCUCAAUUAGAAGUUGUUUCUUGUUAGCUAAUAUAAUACCAUAUUGUUGUUUACACAUUGUGCGAAAAUGUUAAAUAUAGGCAAAAUGGUUUCACAAAGCUGCGUUCGAGGUUUACCAUGUUUAGUCAAAAAGGCUUGCUGGAAUCAGUUUAUGGAACAUGCCAUUCAGGCUCCGUCUAGACGUCAAUAUGCUUCAGAAGCAAUCAAAGGAGCAGUUAUUGGAAUUGACCUGGGGACCACAAAUUCAUGUGUGGCUGUCAUGGAUGGUAAACAAGCAAAGGUGCUUGAAAAUGCAGAAGGUUCACGGACAACUCCAUCAGUUGUAGCCUUCACUGCUGAAGGGGAGAGACUGGUGGGUAUGCCAGCCAAAAGACAAGCUGUCACUAAUCCAAACAAUACACUCUAUGCAACCAAACGCCUCAUUGGGAGACGAUUUGAUGACCCAGAAGUACAGAAAGAUUUAAAGAAUGUCCCAUAUAAGAUAGUACGUGCAUCCAAUGGAGAUGCCUGGAUAGAAGCUCACGGAAAGCUAUAUUCCCCUAGUCAGGUUGGGGCCUUUAUUCUAAUAAAGAUGAAAGAGACUGCAGAAAAUUAUUUGGGCCAUAUGGCGAAGAAUGCUGUUGUGACUGUUCCAGCAUAUUUUAAUGAUUCUCAGAGACAGGCAACCAAAGAUGCUGGCCAGAUAGCAGGUCUGAAUGUGCUCAGAGUUAUCAAUGAGCCUACGGCAGCUGCCCUUGCAUAUGGACUUGAUAAGACUCAGGACAAGAUUAUUGCAGUUUAUGAUCUUGGCGGAGGCACAUUUGAUAUCUCUAUCUUGGAGAUCCAGAAAGGAGUUUUUGAAGUGAAAUCUACCAAUGGUGAUACUUUUUUAGGUGGUGAAGAUUUUGAUCAGUAUCUGCUAAGGCAUGUAGUGAAAGAGUUUAAGAGAGAGUCUGGUGUAGAUCUAACCAAAGACAACAUGGCAUUGCAGAGAUUAAGAGAGGCAGCAGAGAAGGCCAAAUGUGAGCUUUCCUCAUCUCUCCAGACUGACAUCAACCUUCCUUACCUAACAAUGGACAGCUCUGGUCCCAAACACUUAAACAUGAAACUUACCCGUGCACAGUUUGAGGGUAUUGUGGCAGAUCUAAUAAGAAGGACUGUGGCCCCAUGUCAGAAGGCCAUGCAAGAUGCUGAUGUUUCCAAGAGUGACAUUGGCGAAGUCCUGUUGGUUGGAGGAAUGACUCGCAUGCCAAAGGUUCAACAAACUGUACAAGAUCUGUUUGGUAGGUCUCCUAGUAAAUCUGUUAACCCAGAUGAAGCUGUGGCUAUUGGGGCAGCUAUCCAAGGAGGUGUAUUGGCUGGAGAUGUAACUGAUGUGCUCCUAUUAGACGUCACUCCUCUCUCUUUGGGAAUUGAGACUCUGGGAGGUGUGUUCACCAAACUUAUAAAUCGGAAUACAACAAUUCCCACCAAAAAAAGCCAGGUGUUUUCCACUGCCGCUGAUGGGCAAACACAAGUAGAAAUUAAAGUCUGCCAAGGAGAGCGUGAAAUGGCAGUGGAUAAUAAGCUUCUUGGACAGUUCACACUGGUUGGCAUUCCACCUGCUCCACGUGGUGUCCCCCAAAUUGAGGUUACCUUUGACAUUGAUGCCAAUGGAAUUGUGCAUGUUUCUGCUAAAGACAAAGGCACUGGGCGUGAACAGCAAAUUAUCAUUCAGUCAUCUGGUGGUCUCAGCAAGGAUGACAUUGAAAAUAUGAUUAAGAAUGCUGAAAAGUAUGCAGAGGAGGACAGAAAGAGAAAGGAUCGUGUUGAGGCUGUUAAUAUGGCUGAAGGCAUUGUUCAUGAUACUGAGUCAAAGAUGGAGGAGUUUAAGGACCAGCUGCCCCCUGAAGAGUGCAAAAAGCUUCAGGAUGAGAUAACUAAAGUGAGAGAUCUACUUUCACGAAAGGACCAUGAGACCGGGGAAAACAUCAAACAGGCUGCCACUGGUCUACAGCAAGCAUCUCUAAAACUUUUUGAGAUGGCUUAUAAGAAGAUGGCAUCAGAGCGACAAGAUGGCACUGGAAAUUCCAGUGGAAUGGAGACGGGAGAAAAAAAGGAGGGACAGCAGUAGAGCCUUCCAAGCGGUAGUUAUUCUGAGAGUAUAGAAGACCUUGGCAUUGUUGUAAACUGUCUUGAACGAAACUAUCUUCUUAGUCUUCAGCUAUUUCUGACACACUGCUUUAUCACAGUAUCAUACAUUUCUGAAACUGAGUUCAUAUGCAUCUUUUUGUAUUAGGAUCCUUCUGAAAUUGAGUUCAAAUGUAUCUUUCAUUUUCAUUGAUCUAAUUAUUUAAAAUUUCCCCCAGUUGUGUUGUCUAUUACUGCUUUUGUGAUUUUUGUAUUAAAAUUUGUAAAGUAAAUGUCUCCUUCCCUUACAUCAAA